GACUGUACUGUGCUUAGGUUUAUUUUGGGACCGAAAAUGGUUUUAGUUUCCAGUUUGACUGCAGAGAGCCACCGGAAAGAGGCUAGUCUGCAGAAAGCGCGUGGCACUGCAGCGGGCGUGAGAAUGAGGCCUUGUGUGAGUCUGAUCAGAAGUGCAGUCUGGAACUGCAGACUCAAGGUUAGCCAUGGAGCAUUUCAGACAAAUCCAACAGUCCCAAAGCGGACGCUGUGCAUGGAAAUCAGGAACAAAUGGACCAGACCAGCUGGCUAUGAUACUGGCAUAAAGACUUUCAACAGUCUCACCAAACAGAAGGAGCCUCUGGUUUUGGCUCAAGAGGGAAGAGCAACCUGGUACAGUUGUGGACCCACAGUUUAUGAUCAUGCACAUCUUGGUCAUGCAUGCUCCUAUGUCAGAUUUGACAUCCUGCAGAGAAUUUUAACCAGGAUAUUUGGAAUAAACGUAACUCAUGUCAUGGUCAUCACUGACAUUGAUGAUAAGAUCAUACAGAGAAGCCUUGAGGAGAACAUCUCACCGCUUGUGCUUGCCAGAAUGUAUGAAGAGGAGUUUAAAAGAGACAUGCUUGCCCUGAAGGUCCUCCCACCAGCCGUGUAUAUGAGAGUCACGGAGAACAUACCUCAGAUUGUAGCUUUCGUUGAAGGCAUCAUCAGUAAUGGCCAUGCUUACACCACAAGCGAAGGGGAUGUCUACUUUGAUACUCAAUCCAUUGGCAGUCGUUAUGGCAAGCUUGUGAACGUGGGAAAUGCUGCUGUGGAAUCGGGAAGCAAGGAUAAAAGGGACCCCCGAGACUUUGCCCUGUGGAAAGCCUGGAAGCCGCUUGAACCUUUCUGGGAGUCUCCAUGGGGAAGAGGAAGACCUGGCUGGCACAUCGAGUGCUCCACUAUUGCCAGCUCUGUGUUUGGGAGCCAGUUGGAUAUCCACUCAGGAGGCAUCGACCUUGCCUUUCCUCACCACGAGAAUGAAAUUGCUCAGUGUGAGGCUUACCACAAGUGUGACCAGUGGGGGAACUACUUCCUGCACUCAGGGCACCUUCAUUUGAAAGGCAGUGCAGAAAAGAUGUCCAAGUCCUUGAAGAAUUAUAUUACAAUAAAGGAAUUCUUAGACUCUUAUACUGCCAAUGAGUUUAGGCUGUUUUGCCUGUUGACCAAGUACAGAUCAGCGAUUGAUUACAGUGAUGCCAGUAUGAAUGAAGCUCGCUCUACACUGUCCUCCAUCAAUGGCUUCAUCUAUAAUGCCCAGGCCUACAUGCAGGGUCACCUACAGUGCCAGGACAUACAUGAGAGCUUUUUAUGGGAGAGGUUAUCAGUCACACAGGCCACCGUGCGAACUGCACUUGCAGAUGACUUUGACACGCCAAAGGCAAUAGACGCCAUCAUGAACCUCAUUCACCACGGAAACUGUCAGCUUCAGCCUGUUACCAAGGUUGAUGGGAGCUCUAGGUGUCCAGCAGUGUUUGGAGCAAUGCUGUCUUACAUCAGGGAUAUCAUGGAUGUCCUUGGAGUUGAUCUGCUGGAUAAAAAGGAGUCAUCCAGUGCUGAAUCAUCCGGUAUUUUACACAAUGUAGUGGAGCAGCUGGUGCGGUUCCGUAGUGAAGUUCGAAACUUUGCUCUCUCUGUGGAGGAUGAAGCGACUCAGGACCUUCACACCAGCAAAGUGCCUCAGAGCAAGAGACCACAGCCAGACAGAUUGCCCUUACUGAAGGCCUGUGAUGCCCUUCGCAAUGAUCUAAUGCCCUUGGGAGUUCAAAUUAAGGACAGAGGUACCAACUCCACGUGGGAAAUCAAACAACAACAGAAGGAGAAGAGAGGAAAAGAAAGCUAGACUCCACCUCAGUCUAGUGUAGAGAACUGGAUCAGCUUUUUUGUUAACUGGUCUGAAUGUUACUUUUAUUUUUAAAACUUUUUUUGAGAAAACACUUAAGAAGUUGAUUGUGGUUUGCUUCCUUUGAGCCAGCCACUGACUCUUGAAUUAUUAUCUGUGAUGAUCAUGUACUUUACCAACAGUCAAUGCAACACAGUUAUUUGAAUCACAAAUUAUUUGGUGUCUCAUCUGUAGUAUAAAAGCUGUUAUGCACUAUAUUCAGCAGCCAUCUUGAGAGUAAAUUGCUUUUGAGA